ACAUUAGAGCAGCUGUCCCUAGCAACCAAUUACAUUAGAGCAGCUGUCCCUAGCAACCAAUUACAUUAGAGCAGCUGUCUCUAGCAACUCAUUACAUCAGAGCAACUGUUCCUAGUAACCAAUGACAUCACAGCAGUUGUCUCUAGGACCCAAUUACGUCAGAGCAGCAAAGAAGUUGUCCUUAGCAACUAAUUACAUGAGAGCAGCUUUCCCUAGAAACCAAUUCCAUCAGAACAGUUGUCCCUAGCAACCAGUUGCCCCAGAGCAGUUACCUCCUAGCAACCAAUCAAAUUUGACUUUACACUUUGAACUCAUCUUUAGUAAAUAAUGAAAGCCGCCCUGUGAUUGGCUGUCGGGGUGUCCGCUGCGGUUCUCUCCGUCACACGUAGUCGUGGAGGUCGGGAGGAGGCGGCUGGGCGGCUGGGCAGGGCUCGGAGGAUGGAGGGGCGGGUGUGUGCGGCUAUAAACCUCGGUGAUGUCAGCGGCUCCGCUCCACACCGUGUAUAACGCUUGUCAUUGUAUGUGAGCGGCGGGCUGUGCGGCUUUCCCUGUGUACAAGAACCUAGCAGCGUGGCCGGACGUGGAAGCCAUGAGUGUGUGCGGACAUUACACGUUACUGCUGCGGCUCUGCUGCCUGCACAUUGCGGUUACCUUGUGUACGGCAGAUGAUGAUCAUGAACAAGACCGUGAUUGUGAAGUCGGCAGCGGUUGUUCUCACGGCACCAACUGGAUGAACCUGUGGUAUGUGUGGCUGAUCCUGGUCACCAUAUUUCUGCUCUUGCUUUGCGGGACCACAGCCAGCUGCAUCAAGUUCUGUUGUAAAAAGAAGAAACCGCCCGUGCAGACCCUGCCAAACCAACCCUAUGAAGUGACCGUGAUCGCCAUCGAUAAUGACAGCACCAUCCACAGCACUGUCACCUCCUACAGCUCUGUGCAGUAUCCUCACAUGUUUGCAUUUGGCGACCCUGACAGAAGUGCCCUCUCGCCCCCAGCUUAUAGUCUUUAUGCUCUAGAACUCCCACCAGCCUAUGAAGAAGCCAUCAAGAUGGCGAAGCCCAGUAAUGAGGUUGGCACCUCUGCCGCUGGCCCAAAAUUAGAGGACAUCACUGAGCAUGAGGGACCUGAAGAGGAGCCAGAUCAACAACUAGGGCAGCAAGCUGUAUCCAAUGUCACUGACUCCCCGCCUCAGUAUGAAGAGACUGAAAUUACUCCGAGUCAUGUCCAGUGAGGACUAACUAUAGAUCAGGAACCCUCUCAUCCCGCACCUUGGCUUGGAAUCUUAAAGGAUCAUGUUCUGCUACAGUUGCCAGGGGAUAAAAUUCCCCCUCCCCAGAUUCUGUUUGCAGUGUUGUGACCUACAUAUAAGGCUUGAACUUUCUACAUGAAGCCUUCAGGUCCUCUGCACACUCGUAUCAUGUGAACAGGAUAUUAAUACCCGCUGUCUGUCCCGAAAAUACCCGAUGUCUCCUCUCUACAGAUGGAAUUUUGUACAGACUGUUCUGCAGAAUCAGGACUGGUGUAACAGCUGGAAUUUGGGCUACAGUCAAUACUAUAAUUCUGUACCCUUACCCUAUAUGUUAAGAAGGAAAUGUAGGAAAGCAGAUAAGUGGUGUUCAGGUAUGCAAGGAAACCCUUCUGGAGCAGCCAUAACGCCGUGCUAGGUUCCAAAUCAAGAUGGUAUUGCCUGCUUUAAAGGGGUACUCCAGUGGAAAACAUUUUCUUUUUUAAGUUUUUAAAUCAACUGGUGCCAAAAAGUUAGUUUUGUAAAUUACUUCUAUUUUAAAAAUCUUAAUCCUUCCAGUACUUAUCAGCUGCUGUAUAAUAGAGGAAGUUAUUUUCUUUUUGAAUUUCUUUUGUCUGACUACAGUGCUCUCUGCUGACACCUCUGUCCAUGUCAGGAAGUGUCCAGAGCAGGAACAAUUCCCCAUAGCAAACCUCUCCUGCUCUGGACAGUUCUUGACAUGGAUAGAGGUGUCAGCAGAGAGCACUGUGGUCAAGCAGAAAGGAAGUUCAAAAAGAAAAGAACUUCCUCUGUAUUAUACAGCAGCUAACUACUGGAAGGAUUAAUAUUUUUUAAUAGAAGUAAUUUACAAAUCUGUUUUAACUUGUCUUAAAAGAAACGGUUUUCCACCAGAGUACCACUUUAAGUCUCAAAUAGACAUUUUGGAGCUGCCUUGUCAAGAUGUUUUGCAGCGAUACUGGAUUUGAGAUGCAUCACUGUAUAAGGCAGAUUUGCCCUUACAGGCUCUGGGAAAUGUUGGUGGAGACCCCAGGGAGGGGCUGUAAUGGUUGUGAAACCUGUCCACCUUUUUAAUGCUGCCUGAACUAUAAGUAAGUGGUGCCCCACUGCUGUUUGUCCCUGCUCCACCAGCCUUGGAGAGAUCUUUCCCUAUACCCGAACAGGGAGAGAUCUAUAAAUCAUGGCUGGUGGGGUGAAGGAGUCAGGGACUGCCCAAUGACUCUAUAAUUCAGGCAGCUUAAAGGGGUACUCCAGUGGCAAACUUUUUUUUUUUUUUUUUUUAAAUCAACUGGUGCCAGA